GGACCGGGACCCGGUACCCGGUACCGUGGAGCCCGGUGUGAGCCGAGCCCCGGCCCCGGGGGCUGUGGAGGGCAGGCUGCCCGGGGGGCUGCGGAUCCCUUCCUCACAGCCGCAGGGCAGCGGGCGCCUGCGGUGCGCUCCUGUCAUUACUGGGGCUGACAGAGCGGCUGAAGUGAAAAAAAAAUGUUAAUAUCCCAGCUGACAUCCAGGUUACUGAAGGCUUCCCGAGUUGCAGGCCACCUUUUGCCAAGGUCAGUGUCUUCCUUUCUUUGCUAUCAUUCAACAUCUGUGAACUAUAGCACGCAGCCCUCUAAUAAGAAUGGAGCCCAGCCUCAGCGGUGGCAUGCACUGGACCCUGAACUGGAAGAGAUGCUGGUCCCCAGAAAACUCUCCAUCAGCCCCUUAGAAAGCUGGCUGACAGUUAGGUACUCCCUUCCUAAAGCAGAAGUCGUUAAUGCUCAGGAAGAAGCAGGCUAUGAACCUCUCCAGAAAUAUGACUGUCCCCCAUCUGCUGAGGGAGCUGAUGUGGAGGAAGGGGAAGGAACACCCAGCAGCACGGUUCAGUGCAAGAACGUGCUGGAAAUUCGCAGAAGGAAAAUGAAUCGACACAAGUUCAGAAAGCUGCUAAAGCGAAGGAAGUUUAUACGGAGGAGGAUAAAAGAAGGUCGCAAGAAGAAACGUCAGGUAAAAUUUGAGAAAGACUUGGAGCGCAUCUGGAAAAGAGCUGGUUUGAAAAAUCCUCCAGCAGGAUGGCAGACACCCAAGAUAUUUCUGAAAAGUUCAAAGCGAUAAAAACACUUGUAAUGAGUUUUCACGUGUAAUUGUAAUUAAAAAUACAUAUAUAUACGUAAGCAGACUUCUUUUAACCUUUUUCUGAGUGCGUUAGGAUUAGUAGGAGGUUGCUUUGAGUCUUGAUGAAUGGUUUUCCAACGGCAAACCUGACAGCAGUGUGCUUUUCCUCCCCAGGAGAAUGGUGAGAACCCUUGUGCGGUGGCUUGGCAGCGCUGUGUGCAGUCCAGUGCUGCUGCUGCCAGCUGUACUGAGCAAAGACAUCUUAGUCCGCAGCUGAAUUUGUGAAGUUGCUCUUUAGGAUUAGACUGAGUAGUGCACUGUUAAAAACAAUUGGUUGUGGGAGAGGCAGUAAGUGAAAGACCUCUUCUAAUUGUUAGUGUAGCCCUAAAGGACACCAGCAGUUUGAAAAAUUCUUUUCAAGUGGCGUUCUUUUGUAGGCUUGCUGAAGAAGGGCUGAUGCUUGUAAGUGAAAUGGGAGUUGGAUCAGAAUCCCAUAAAAUAUUUCUGCAAAAGAGUUACCCGAUACCUCUGCGUGCAUGUGUUUUAUGGACAUUGCAUGAGCAUCCUUAAAAGGCAAAUUUAUUUUUUCUGUUCUGUAGUCCCUAAUAAAAAAAAGAGUUAUUUUUC